AAAAAAAAAACAAUUAUAAAAUUUCAUUUGGAUUCUAUAACUAUAAUUUUCACCACGAUGAACAAAUCACCCUGUGACUAUUUGUACAUUUUGACAUUUGUGUGUGUUUUUUCACCACACGAAGAUAAACAUUUCAACAAAGAAAGAAAAAAUUUGACAGUUCGGAAAUAUUUAUACAGAAUAACAAACUGCACGAACCAUCAAAAAAAAUAUGUUUAAAUAUUGUAAAUAACAUUUUUGAAAAUCGAAUUUAUAUUUUUUCGUGUAAAAAAUGUCUGACGACGAGUUGCCGAGUAAUCGUCAAACAUUGCCAAGGACUGCGGUUAGUUAUGACAUGUUGGGGCAACAUAUGGAGAAUUACAAUGUCGAGACAUCUGCGCUGCAUCGCAAACUGCAAAGCAAAGUGGAAGCAGUGCGCAUACUGCGUCGAGAUUUAGAGAAAUUUCGCACGGAACGUGAUCAGUUCAAAUUAAUGGCUGAAACACUGCAGUUACGCUACUCCGCCAUCAAACGCUAUAGCGAUUUGGGUAAUUGCGAUGCAGUUGAGGGCGGCAAUAAAAACAGUGUAGCGAAUCUCUUACGUGAAACCAGAGAACGCAAUAUUAAGCUGACGACUGAAGUGGAAGCUUUGAAGCAGAAAUUGGUGGAGCUCCAAGGUGACAUCGAUAUUUUGCGUGCAAAGGAAGCUAAACCUCAACGAACAAUUAAGUCGGAACAGUUAAACGUAAGCAAAAUGGAAAAGGUGCAUAAUAGCGACGAGUUGCAAUGGAAGCAGGAGCGGGCUAACUUUAUUUGUCAUUUAGAGAAUUUAAAGAAAAAGAAUGCUCAGCUAGCUUUUGAUUUCAAGGCAAUUAUAGAUGAAAAGGAGGAACUGAUAACCGAACGUGAUGCCUAUAAAUGCAAGGCUCAUCGUUUAAACCACGAAUUAUUAGUUGCAUUGAAAGCUAACGAAGUUCAUCCCAAGUUCCUUGAUAUUGACAGUAUUUUGUUGGAAAAUAAAUACCUGCAAGAACGCUUACUGAAUUUUGAAAAUGAGCUGGACCUAACGAAGCAAUCAAUGAAUAAAUAUAAGAGUAUGUUGGAUGCCAAACGUAAAAAGGGUAUUAUUAAGCUAGGCAGCAAUUCGAAUGAAGAAAACAUUUUAUCACACAAGCAAGUGAAAAACUUAUUGGCCAGUGGCAUUGAUUUGCCUACCAAGACGGAAACAAUACAGGAUUUAAAAUCAUUAUGUCUGGCUUUGUUGGAUAAUUUGAAUGACAAAAAUUUAGCUUUAAGUCAUCAAAAAAAAACAAACAAAGUUUUGGCUACCAAAAUUGCAGAGCUUGAGCAACGUAUACAAAAACUAACAGGUAUAGACACUGAAUUGGAUGCUGCAGCAACUAUGUGUGAUAGCAACAUCAUAGGCUAUUCACCAGCUCAACUUCUUCUGCACGGUUAUUGUCCAUCUUUAGUGGAUUCAAACACUACAAAUGACACAAAUGCAACAACAGUAACCACUAUAAAAACAACAACCGGCAGUAAUAUAACUGAAGACUCUGGUACCAUGUCUUCCGAACCAGAUGAUUCGAAUAAGACCUCACGUGGUCUGUCCGAUGAUGGCAUGUCUUCGUUAUCUACUGAAUCAGGUCGCAGUAUACUUUCAUCUGAGUAUGGUGUUGAUGUAGCUGCGUGUAAUCUAAGCGACUGUGGCACUAAUCUGUAUGCUAAUUUGGUCAAAUCCUCAACAGUUCACAGAAGUCAUAUACAUUCCAAUUUCAAACAUUAUUUACCAAAUUCAAUUGCCAAGGAACGUUUAAAUGAUUUGAAGGAUUUGCCACCAGAACUAGCUGCUUUAGUACAAAAAGCUCUGCACGAAUUAGAUAUGCGAGAUUUUGACGAAGUCGUGGGAACAUGUGAAGAUGUAGGCGAAGAAGUAAAUGAAGAGCACUUCAAUACACAAAUAGCCUUAGUAGCUGAUGAAGACGAACAGGAGGAUGAUGAUACUAUACAUUAAAAUAAUUUAUUUUAUAUAUUUGUAUAUUUUUUUCUUGCUUUAUGUUAACAACUAUAUAUAAUUUGAAUAAUAAGACAACGCCUGUUUAAACUA